AGUACCAACGCAGACACUCGCAGAAGUGGAAGUACGUUCCGUGAGCGCGCGCGCCUUCGAACAGCUCAAACUCUCCAAACACGAAGAAAUUCGCGAGGCAAACUUUUUUUGUUUCUUGUUACUGAUUUUUUGUUUUGUUACAAUCGUUACCGUUUUGUUGUUUGAUACUGUAAUUAACGACACUAUUUUUGCAACGAUUUUAUUUCGCUGCUUGUUUUGCGCCAAAUUACGAAUUGAUUGAAGAUUGAUCGAAGAGAGUAGUGUGUGCAAUCGCAAUUUGCGAAACGAUCGCGAUCGAGAAGCAACGAAAAAAAAAAAUCGCCCUGGAAAAGUGAAGAGCAAUUUGGAAUCCUCUCGAUUCGAUGCCCCCAAAGUGAGAGUUGGCCGCAGAUUUCGCACUGCUGACGAACAAACGGCGCGAUUCGGCAAAACCAAGUGGUGGCAGAGUGUUUACUGUUGCAUGUCGCAAAAGCCGACCAAGAAUAACACAAAAGGAAGAAGACCGGGCCAGAUAACCGAAGAAGAAAAAGUGUUCAUUUGCUGCAGCAGUCCCGCGUGGAGUUGAACGCUGUGCGCGGCCAAGGUUUUUUUCCACCGACGUUGUGUCACUGCGCGGACUGAACUUUACCGAAUUCUACAGGCUUAAGCGGAGCGGAGCUACGACAUAGUUUCUUCGGUUGACGAGGGAAGAGAUUCCGCGAGCAGGCACUGCCGAAACUAUACAACUAACAACUAGUGGACGACGGUCAAAGCGCGCAAGUAGAUUGAGCGGCUGUCAAGAUUUGGCCGGCCCGCGCGGUCACACACAAUAUGAAGCAGAUUAACAGUCUGGAGGACUCGACUCCGCCGCUGACAAUGGCGGCAAUCGUGCGUCGUCGGGCGGAGGCCAUCAAGCACAACAGUGAGUGCGAAACGGACGAGCAGCGCCACAAUCAGAUCCUGCCAUCACUCGGGACCAGUACGAUCGUCGCGUCCGACUCGGGCGUGUUCAUGUCAACGUCGGACAUCGACCGGACGCACAGCGUAAGCGCCAGUACGCACCAGCUGGCCGCCGUCGAGGAGUACACGGAACCGCCGACGGGGCUGAAAUCCACGUACGUACUCGGCGAGGAGAACGACGAUGACGAGGAGGAGGAAGAGGACAUCAUCGAGCUAGACCAAGAGAACAGUAAGACUGAACGGAAACUGGGAAACAAGCGGACCUGCCAGAGCCUGCCGGACGUCAACAGUCCUCGGGCGCUGAGCACUGCCGUCGUAACCACCUGUGAUAGCAGUAGUGAUAUAGUUGUAGCACCCACGAUGGACGAAGGUCUGGCGACCCGGCCGUGCGACACCGGCGGUGCCAAAGCGAAGCAGCAGCGAUCUUCGGCAAUACCCGCCUCCGGAACCGCGCUACUGCAGUCCAAAAAGCUGGUCGAUCCCAGCCUGCUGCAGGCGUUCUCCAUCGAUCCCAAGCUGAUCAACAAGUACGACGGGCUGGAGCACACGCUGUACUACAUCGACGAGAACGGAAGCCCCAAGCUGCGGGACAAGUUCUCCGUGCAGCAGCAGCUGGCCGAGGAGAAGAAGCGCCGGAAACGGGAACGCAAGAUGGAAAAGUAUGGGGUGGACGCGGACGCCGUCACGCCCCAGUGUACUUGCUUCAGCUUCAGCCGGCUGUCCCGGAAGUUCCGGGAGAUGUGUAAGGAUGGUUCAAAAGUGACAACGGUUGUGGCAACAGCCGGCCAAGGACCAGACAGACCACAGGAAGUAUCGUACACAGAUACGAAAGUGAUCGGCAAUGGAAGCUUCGGCGUCGUCUUCCAGGCGACGCUCUGUGAUACGGGCGAGCUCGUCGCGAUCAAGAAGGUGUUACAGGACAAACGAUUCAAGAACCGCGAACUGCAGAUUAUGCGACGGCUAGAACACUGUAAUAUUGUUAAACUAAAAUAUUUCUUUUACUCCAGCGGCGAAAAGCGGGACGGUUUCCCCUUCGACAUGGGGAUAUUCGCCGGUGCAUUGCAGACCCAGAAAGACGAAGUUUAUCUCAACCUAGUGCUCGAAUAUAUUCCAGAAACCGUUUACAAAGUGGCUCGUUACUAUGCUAAAAACAAACAAACGAUACCAAUCAAUUUUAUCAGACUCUACAUGUACCAGCUGUUCCGGAGUCUCGCGUACAUCCACUCGCUCGGUAUCUGCCAUCGUGAUAUCAAACCCCAGAACCUGCUGCUCGACCCGGAGACGGCCGUACUGAAGCUGUGCGACUUUGGCAGCGCCAAGCAGCUGCUGCACGGCGAACCGAACGUGUCGUACAUCUGCUCGCGAUACUACCGGGCACCGGAGUUGAUAUUUGGUGCCAUAAACUAUACCACAAAGAUCGACGUCUGGAGCGCGGGCUGCGUACUGGCAGAGCUGCUGCUCGGGCAGCCCAUCUUCCCCGGCGACUCCGGCGUCGACCAGCUGGUCGAGAUCAUCAAAGUGCUCGGCACGCCCACCCGGGAACAGAUCAAGGAGAUGAACCCGAACUACACGGAAUUCAAGUUCCCCCAGAUCAAGAGUCAUCCAUGGCAGAAGGUAUUCCGGGCACGCACCCCGCCGGACGCGAUCGCCCUCGUGUCCCGGCUGCUCGAGUACACCCCGGGCACCCGGAUCACCCCCAUCCAGGCCUGCGCGCACCCGUUCUUCAACGAGCUGCGGGAGGGCAACAAGCAGCUGCCGAACGGGCGCGAGUUUCCGCCGCUGUUCAACUUCACAGAGCAAGAGCUCGCGAUCCAGCCCAGCCUGAACCUGAUCCUGAGGCCGCGGAACCCGAACGACGCGAAAGCCGGCCAGUCGUCGAGCUCGGCCGACGGCGGUGCCGGUGCCUCCGGCGGGAACGGCGCUGGCGGCAGCAGCAACAACAACAACGGUGGCAGCAGCAAUAGUGGCACCUCGGCGGCGGACGGCGGCUCCCAGGCGCAGGGCCAGGACGGUGGCAGCGGCAGCAGCCAGCCAGCCGGUGGGGCCGGUUCGCAGUCCGGGGCCGGUGCGGACGAUAUUCCGACGGCACAGUCGGGCGGCGUGCCCGGCGUGGACAGCAGUUCCAGUCAAGGGGCUCUCGCUUCGGCGGCAACUUCUACAAUGGGUUAGCUUUAAUUUUGUGCGUACACAUUAAAUAUUAUAAAUAUAUUUUUUUUAAUUUUAAAAUAUUAAUUUAACGCGAGGAUGAAAAUAAACAAAAAAAAACAACACACACACACUAGAAGAAGAAGCAACCAAGAGAGAAACAAAAAACAGCAAAAUCGUGGUUUAUUAAAAUUACUAGUGAGGUAAAGAAAAAAUAAAAGUAAAAGAAUAAACAAACAAACAACACACAUUACUAUCUAUAGCAAAAAUUUAAUACUUAAACACAAAACAAGCAACCACUAAUAGAAAGAAAGGAAGAAAAUUCAAGUAAACAAUACAGACAUUCACUUUAAAAACAAACAAAAAGGAGAUAUCUGAACGAUGCAAGAGUAAUAUUUCAAGCGACAUUAUAAUUACUAAAGGACAAAAAUUAAACACACACUUACAUUCACCAACCACACACACACACACACACCCACGCAAUCCCAACCCAAGUUUAGAGGAUCAAACUCACCUUCUGCAACAGCAAAAAAAAACGAGGAAGAAAAAAAAAUGCGAUUUAAAUAAAGUGGACGAGCAAAAGUGUAGUUUCAAUUUGCUAGUUAUAGUUGAAAAGUUCAGUUUAUCGUUCUCUUGUGACUGUUGUGCAACAAAAAAAAACAAACAAACAAAAAAAUAUAAUAAUUAUAAAUUGAGAGAGGGUAAACAAAAACAAAACAAAACGUUACGCAGUGUGGCGAUGGGAAAAACCAAGCGCCGAACGGGGAGAGAGGUCUUCGGUUGGCGAAGGCUCGCCCCGACUCGUGUUUAUUACAUAUAUAUAUGUAUGUAUACUUUAUAUAUUUUUGUGUUUAAAGUUUUGACAGAGAGUGGCGCCGCGCGCGCCCCCUCGUUUUUUUCUUGCCCCCGCGACAUGUAUCGUGCUGUGGGGUUCAGAGUUUUUCUUUUCUGUUUUAUGCAUAAAUAAAAGUUUGAUUUAAGAGAGCGUAACGUGGUAAUGUGUUUGUAACGCAGCGUUGAAAGUCGCCACAGAGACUUUGAGACGAUUUCUAGCCGCAGCAGCAGCAACUGAGAGGGAGAAAAUGUUGAAAUUUACGAAAAACAAAUUGAGCAUGAGGUUCGGCGAACGACGCGUCUGUUAGGAGUAACAUGUGUAGAACGGUGUGGAACAAUUGUUUAUAUUAUUAUUAGCGAUGAAAAAAACAGAAAUAACUAUUCAAAUACACAAACACACAGACAAGUACCACUAACACACGUAACAGAGUCUUGCGAGAAACCAGAAUGUGAAUGAAGCGUAAUGCAAAAUUACUCAACAAAAACUCUUCUCUUUAUCACUUUGAAAUUUGAAAUCGAGAGCAAAUUACUACACAACAAAACAAAAUCAACACCCUAUUUAAAGGAUCAACUCUGCAGCAACAGCGAGAAGAAGAAGAAGAAGUAAAUAUAUAAACGGCAAAACAAAAACGUUUUCCUUUUCCUCGAGCUACACAGAAGAAAGAUGAAACACACACACCGUGAAUGGUCUCCCGCGAGCGUUCGCGCGCGACACCAGACCGCGAGCAUAAUUAUAAUAAUCAAACAAUAAAUUAUUUUAAAAUAAAAAAAAAAACAAACACUGAGAAGGAAAGAAAAUCAAUGAAAAAAACACUUUUUUGUAGUAUAAACAAAGUAUAUAUAUUAACGCAUAAGUAAUUUAAAUUUAAAUCCCAAAAAAAGAUGAGAAAACGAAAAGAAAAAAAGAAAACAGAGAAUGAAACGGCAAAACCGAUAAUUUAACACACACACACAGAAAACACUGAGAAAAAAAAACAUGGUGAAAGCGCGAGCGUGUUUGACCGCGGCGUAAAGAAUAAAAAACAAACAGAAAAAAUAGCCGAAAGUUGUAAUUAAAAAAGAAAACCACACACACACAGAUGAUGAAAAGAAACAAAAAUAUCGUUGUCGCUGUAUAAAAAAGGAAGCAGUAAAGCAAAACAAGUAAAAAACAAGUACAGCAGUGAGGACGAAGUAAUAUUUAACAACAACAACAACAAAACACACACACACACACACAUAGUAACUGCUACAAUUUUUAGCUAUUAGAUAUUUUAAUCAGCUAGAAAAAAAAGUAAAUAAAGGAAAAAAUGUUAAGAGAUUUCGCUGUCAUC